AUGCUAUCUGCAGCGGGGACCUUUUAUCUCGCCGUCUUUGCGCUGUUCCUUCCGGCUCAUGCCGCGCUGGACGGCUCAAAGACAUCGUCUCCGUACGCUCCGAAUGUUUGCGCAUUCGAGCCCCAGGCCAGAGUGUCCGAUACCUGUUCCUCCUAUGCUACGCUCGAUGCACUGAACGAUGAAAUCCAUCCGAUCCUCGACUCGAUCACUCAAGACACCGACUUCUUCUCAUAUUACCGACUCAACCUAUUCAACAAAAUCUGUCCCUUUUGGCAAGAUGAGAGUAGCCUGUGUGGGAACAUAGCCUGUGCAGUUAAUACAAUUGACUCGCAGGAGGACCUCCCGCCGAUCUGGCGUGUUGAAGAACUGGGCAAACUGGAAGGGCCGCGUGCAGGACACCCGGGCAAACGACAGCAGGAAGAACGGCCCAAAAAGAAGCCGUUGCAGGGGAGAUUAGGAGACGAUGUCGGAGAAAGCUGUGUUGUCGAGUACGAUGACGAGUGCGACGAGCGAGACUACUGUGUUCCGGAAGACGAAGGGUCUUCUGGCAAGGGAGACUAUGUGAGCUUGGUGGACAACAGGGAAAGAUUCACAGGUUAUGCUGGUCUGGGAGCACAUCAAGUUUGGGACUCGAUUUAUCGUGAGAAUUGCUUUGUCAAGCCUCCGAACUCUCCCUCCUCUCAGCUCUCGCCCCUGCACGGUCUGCAAGUUCAGGCUGCCAACGAUUUCCGCAGCGUGAUCCAAAGAGAGCAGCCCCAACCGGAUGACGAAUGUAUCGAAAAGCGUGUGUUUCACCGAAUCAUCAGCGGCAUGCACGCAUCGAUUUCGACCCAUUUGUGCCGGGAAUAUCUUAACCAGACCACGAACGAAUGGGGCCCGAAUGUGCAGUGCUACAAGGAUAGGCUUCACAACCACCCUGAGCGCAUUUCCAACCUCUACUUCAACUAUGCGCUAGUCUCUCGCGCUGUAGCUAAGCUUCAGAAGCAUCUGGAGCACUACAAAUUCUGUUCGUUCGACCCCGAUCAGGACCAGGAUACCAAGGACAAAGUUCUCGCGCUCACCGGGCAACUGCACAGUCGGCCGCAGAUAUUCGACGAGGCUGUCAUGUUCCAGGACGAAAAUUCCAUCGAGCUAAAGGAAGAUUUCCGCAACCGGUUCCGCAACGUCAGUCGUCUCAUGGACUGCGUUGGGUGCGACAAGUGCCGUCUGUGGGGGAAGCUCCAGGUCAAUGGCUAUGGAACGGCGCUCAAGGUGCUAUUUGAAUACGACGAGACAAAGAACGGCGAGAACCCGCUUCUACGCCGUACAGAACUGGUCGCUUUGAUCAAUACCCUCGCGCGUAUCUCGGAUAGUCUUGCCGCCGUUCGCAGUUUCCGCCAGGCAGUGGAAGCAGGCCACGAAGAGAUUACGUCUGUUUUGCCGUCUGAGAGCUCAGCGGAUAGAUCCGAAGCUGAAGCUGAAGCGGAAUCUGCAGCAGAACCCUCUAAAGAUGGUCCGCGAUUCUAUAGACACGCGGAUUCCAACGUCUACAUUGAGGAUUAUGAGCCGGUCUAUGUAUAUGGAGACGGAAGCCGACCGUGGGAAGAACGCCAUGAAGUCGAGACUCUUUCCGAGGCUUUUUGGCAAGAGUUGCGUGUCGUUUGGCGCACCUACGUCUGGGUCUUGAAGAGCUGGCUGGCUAUCCCCAGCACUGUCUGGCAUAUCACGACACACGAAUUAAACCGACUGUGGCAUUUCUGGCUGGGAUUGCCAGUGCCAAUGCGGUCUUGGAGGAUCCAGCUCCCCCAGACGCGGCAUGAAGAGCUGUGA